AUGAACAGCUUCGACUCCACAAGGAGCAGCUUCCAGCGAUCCAAUAAUCCAAACGAAGAAUCCAAUAAAAGCAUACAACAAUUGUCACCUUCAGAGUCAGAUAACAGCGAUAUAGAGUUCGAUGAUACUCAGAUCGAAACACCACAGGCGUUAAGAGAGUCGUCUAGAAGUAUGCUAUUACGAACAACAACCACAGAAGUGCCCCUUAAUGACCAUCAAUCAUCUUCACGGAAGAAGACCCCUACAAAGUUCAAUGCAAUUCACACUGAUGAUCGUGAUCUAAUAGCAAACGAUAAACUUAUCAGUGACGAUAACCAGUUUACUCCACAUGCAAUGAACGGCAGUCCAGGUAGAAUACCGAGACUUCAAUGGAGUGGAGAAAAGGUGAAUACUACACAUGAGGAGGAUUUUGCAAAUAACGUGGAUGGUAACUCUGAUGAAGAGUUUGAUUCUUCAGAUAACGAAGAAGCUAGACCAGAGGAGGAACAAGAGCAGAAACCAAGCGAGGCAAUGAAACCUAAGGAUUUGAUUGAAGAUCUCGAAACUAGGACAGUGAUGAGGAGGCUGACACUUGCUCGUUCUCCUAGGAAGAGCUCUCCAUUGAGAAACGAGAUCAAUGCAUCUUCUAGCAGCCCUGCUUCUGAAAAAAAGCUUCCAGAGAGCAAAAGAUCGCCAGCAAAGGUUGAGCAAAUGCUUAAACUAAUCAACUCAAGUAUAGAUAGGCUACGGGAUGCUGAUCUGGAUGAGGAAGAGGACGUUGAGUAUGAGUCUGAACCAUAUGCACUGGACGAAGAGAUUGAGUUUUCCGACGACGAGGAAGAGGCGUUGAAUAAACUUGACACGCUAUUGCCGAGUCGCAAUGGGUCUAUUGGCCACAGGUCCUCGCCAGCUAUUAGCGAGAAAGAAGAACCUGAUUUUAGAAAGUCUCACGAGUUCGAGCAGGAUUUCCCAAGCAGUAUGCGUCCUAGCCAGCCCAGCCGAAGCUUUUCCAGCUUACAAGAAUCUAAUAUUUUUGACAAGAGCCCCAGCAUCGAUGCUAUUAAUGACGGCAGCCCCAAAAGGAAUGGUAAGCUACCAAGUGCAAGUAAGAAGCGAAAGAGUGCAAAAUCGCUCAGGCUGAAGCAUGGGGCGGGACACAAGUCACAAGGGACCCCACUAGAUUACCCCGAUUGGCCUCAAGAGAAAUGGAGUAAGCUUAUACAACUUGUGGAACUGAGUAUACCUAAUAGCGCAAUUGUUACCAGCAACAUCGUUGUCCGCGAGCUUGGGUGCCAAAAUAAGGCCGAGUUGGCCAAAAGAGUCGCCUUCCUUGAAAACUACUUAAACCGGUUUACUUGA